AUGGACCCCUCCCUCGUCAAGAUCCCACCAAUGAAAGACCUAACAGCAGACAACAUCACCGAGAAUGUAAUCACAAUCAACUCGCUCUGCGAAGACGCGCGCAUGAAAUACGUCCUAGAACGCCUGGUCACACACCUGCACGACUUCGCCCGCGAAACCCGACUCAGCAGCGACGAAUGGAUGACCGGCCUCCGCUUCCUGACAGAGGUAGGCCAGAUCUGCACCGACGUCCGGCAAGAAUUCAUCCUGCUGUCCGACGUGCUGGGCCUCUCCCUCCUCGUCGACAGCAUCGACCACCCCAAACCCCCCCGGUUCAACUGA